AAUAACCUCUGGUUCAGCUUUACGCAAUUGAUCUUUUUUUAGUUGAAAAUUACUUCCAAUUACGUUCGCUUAAAUAUAAUGUGUGGCAAUGUCGUUGUUUUUAAACAAUUAACCGGUUAUCUCCCGCUAUUCUGUACUAUAUAAGGUAGGGAGAAUCUUUAACAACAAUCAUUAAAUAGUUAUCUACUUCAGCGUUAACAAGUGCACAAAAAUGUACGAAAAAAUAAUAAAAGGCGAUCUUGAAGCCGAUGUCAAGAUUAUUGAUAUGAGAACGGAUACCAUAAGCAAACCUACACCUGAAAUGAGAGAAGCCAUGUAUGCUGCUGAAGUUGGAGACGAUGUAUAUGGAGAAGAUCCCACUGUUACUGAGUUGGAACGAAGGUCUGCUGAGCUUUUAGGAAAGGAAGAUGCACUUUUUGUGGCGAGUGGAACUAUGGCAAACCUAUUAGCAAGUGGAGCUGCCACAGAUCAUGCUGGAAUUCAAACUCGUUGUUUAAAGACUAAAGACGAAGGAACCUUCGACCUCGAUGAACUUAGAGAAAAAAUAAAGAAAAAUGUAGACAUCCAUGAGACAAUUACGUCUCUAAUAGUUGUUGAAAAUACACAUAAUUUGUGUGGUGGUAGGGAUGAUGUUAAAAACAAAAAAACUUUGAUAGCGACAAGGGCUCGGCGUAUCCGAAAGGUACUAGGAGGUGGUUGGAGACAAGCUGGAAUACUGGCGGCAGCUGGAUUGGUAGCUCUGGAUACUAUGAUAGAUAGAUUGAAGAUUGAUCACGACCAUGCUUUUAAAAUUGCAAGAGCUGUACACCACAUGAGAUCCAACUUGUUUAAAGUGCAACUGACCAAGGUUCAGACCAAUAUUAUUUUGGUAUACAUUGAUCGAACAAAGAUCGAUAUAAAAGAGCUCCAACGCCGAUUGCAAAACGUGGUAGCAGGAGAUGAAGUAAGGGCAAGUGUCAGAUGUUCCUCUUUAAAAAACGACUGCGUCAGAUUCGUCACCUAUCACGAGAUCACAGACGAAGAUAUAGCGCUUGCUAUAGAAAAGAUCCGUUUGGUCAUAAGAGAGUAUGAUGUUAAAUAUCAGCUAGACUAAGAAUUUCGAAUAUUUCGUUAAAAAGCAAUGAAAGUUAAAAGUACCCCAUGCCGCUCAUAAUAAUUGCUCGGUAUAUUCAGAUCCUAUAAUCGACAAGUUCAAAUAUUUAUGCAAAUUUUUAGACGCUGUUUCCUUCUAGUAAAUAAUCUUAUUGCUGCUUUUUUUUGCCCUUAUGCAUCUUAGGGACUUUGACCUUCCCUAGUAUAUCUAAUGUUUUCUUAUGUGAUAGUAGUCUCAGUAUUGUAUUACUGUAUUCCAUCUAAGGUUUUUCUAUACUCUGUUUGUUCUACAGAACUUAAGCUAUUUAAUUUUUGUAAUUGUUUUGUUAUAUCUACAGAUUACAGAUUACAAAUUAGGGUGGCUCUCGGCCUGAUACACUGCGACAUUUACAGAUCUAAUGUGCUUUCCUUUGUCACUUAAGCUCUUCAUCCAGUUCUAUCAUCUUAAUGAGAUUUCUAAUUUAUAGACUAAUACUUUUGGUUGUUUCCCUCCAUGUAAGCCUUUGACACUAACAUAAAACGUGCAGAGCGGUUUCAUAUUUUUCUAGACAGAACCGACAAGUAUCUUUUUCCGUCAAUCACGACUCUACGACUAGAAUGUUGAUUGGGCCUUCAGUGUCCAGCCAGCUGUCCCACUAUCUACUGCCACAUCCUGGCAGUCUUUCGCUUGUCCAUCAGUAAGUCGGCAGCGAAUUUCACUUUAUGUCCCUUAAUGAACUUUUUAGUCUGUCUUUGCCCUGGUGGUCAUUAAUCCAAAGCAGGCCUUCGGGCCAAUUAUCGCCGCACAAGCACAUUCUCGCGCCAAUUUAUUAGCCUUCUCCUUACCCACGUAGCAUUUGGACCCUAGAACACAGGCUAGUGUCAAGGUAUCAAAACAGUCUCACAGUUAAUCUGCAUAGAACUAAUAGCUUUUAGAGCGACUAUCGGAGUAGAUCAAGAUUAAGUCAUUAUUCACUUGUCAACCUAUUAGUUUCAUGGCACAGCUUUGUAUAACGGCAACUUUUGCCUGAAAUAUGGUGACAUGUUUCCAAGCUUUACCGGAUUUCUGUCCUUGGGUAUGUGAUAUUUAUUUGUGGUAUCUAGCGUCUUGUUUCCAAUUAAUUUGCUUUUUUCACUCUGUUUUUUUUUCUCUAUGGGCUUUUUGUUAUAAGAGACGACUUAUUUUUGUAUAUUUUAUUUAUUACAAGACAAACUAAUACUAAUACGAUUAUCUCUAAAGAGCCCUAAGACCAGUCUGUCAACUGUCAAUGUCUGUCCUUCUCUUCCACUUCUAAAUGACCAAAAUGGUCAUCCUAAAUGACUUUCAUGAAUUAUUUGCAAUAUGACUUGAUGUAAUAACUCAGGAAUUAUUAUUAUUUGGUUUCCUUUAAAGAUUAGUCCAUCCACAACAUGUAUUUUAUGAUUAAAAUUAUAAUAUGGUUUAAUUUCUGUUUCCAAUUUAUUUUUCGAAUCUGGACCAUCUUUACUCUUCUCCGCUUUGUAUACCACAGCUUCUGAAUUUUUAUUUAACUGUUGGGCUUGCAUUUGAGUUGUAAUUAUAUUUUGAGCAAUUUGUAAAACCUUUUCUGUCUUCAGAUCUACUUCUUGCAAUAGUUUUUACUUAAUUGAAUGGUGUUUAAAAUUUAAACCCAUAAUGAACAUGUCCCAUACCAAACUUUCUUUUAAAAUUCCUAAUUCACAUCUUUUUGAACUCUAGUAAGAAAAUAAUGUCUUUCUACCGUUUAAUUAUUCUUCAUGUUACAAUAUUUUUUAACUCUGUCUACUACCUCUUUAAAUUUUACGGUAUCCAUGUUAACCUCAAAUAACUUGUAAAUAUUUCUUGCAUCUAGACCAAUAUAGUGUAAUAGUAGAGCUACCUUUCUCGCAUCAUUUUCCUUCUCUAAACCUGUCGCCCUCAAAAAUAUUUUGACAUUCAUGCACCAUUCUUCCCAGUUGUAAGCCAAAUUUCCCUCCAUCGACAAAGGUUGAAUUUCAUUGCCGACUACGUUACUUUUUAUUUUUACAACGACUGGUUGGUUCUGCUCGACAGCAUCUUGUUCUUCCAUGCCCAUUUUAUAUCGUGACUGUUUUUAAUAAUAAAUCUCUUUUUGAUUUUAAUACCCCAACACGUGUUCUUAGGUUAUGUUUCGGCUUUUGUAACUAUUAUAAUGACUCUUCGAUAUUUGCCUUACUUUUUUUUACUUGUGACACCAUGUUUGUUCGACUCUGUGGGCUUUUUGUUAUAAGAGAUGACUCAUUUUUGUAUAUUUUAUUUAUUACAAGACAAACUAAUACUACUACACAAUUAUCUCUAAAAAGAUCCCUAAGAUCAGUCUGUCGACUGUCAAUGUCUGUCCUCCUCUUCCACUCCCAGGCUUCUUCUUCUAUUUGACAUGUCAAUAAUGUUAAGGUAGGUUUUACAACUUUCAGGUAGGUAUUCAAAACAUCUACUUCUCCGUUAUUGAAUACUCUUAAAACAUUUUGUGACAUAAAAUACUAUAUUCAUAUGCGUACUGUCCUUUCAAAUAUCUUUUAAUUAUAAAAUAUACUUUGAAGAAUUUGUCUUUCCAAAUAUUUUUCACGAACUUUAUUUCUGAAUACAUACUUAUGAACACUAAAUUAUUUACUUUAAUUCUGUCGAUAUUUUGAUAAAGAUAACACUUCUUGGAUUACAGAUAUGUACACUAUUCGUUCUUGUUUGAUUUCAUAAUGUUUUGAACUUAAUCUUUUUGAUACUGGAUAAUUUUUUAAAGUCUCAGUUAGGGUUUUGGAUCUAAAAAAAAACUGCGAGAGAUGUGCUGUGAUAGUAUUUAUGGUUGUUAUAAAAUCUUUCGAAAUUAAAAAAAAAUGAAUAUAACUGGGGUAGAUACUUUCAAAACAAAUGUAUACUGAGUAGAAGUAGAAUAUUCGUAGAUGUAAAAGAUAUUUUCACUUUAAACUGACUUUGUACGCAUUUUGAGUUAGUAAUUCUAAUAAUAAUAAAAGAAUGUUGUUAAAGAGAAAAGUUAUUUUACUUACUAAGAAGACGUAGAGUAAAAUUGUAUCAAAGAUAGCUCUCUAUAUAAGUUUUCAGUUUAGUUUCAAGUAUAUCAUUGUUUCCAUCAUAACAUUUAAGAGUAUAGAACGACAAAUAUGAGAAUUUAGACGUCUAAACACCAUCUGGAUCAUUACAAAGAAAACUGUGUUCUUAAAAAAUAUGCUCUUGCUCUUUUUAAACAUGUUAGAAAAUCUUUGGUUAAGUAUAGUUGAUAUCGACAUUAAUAUAUCAAUAGAGUGGUAUUUAGAAGUAAUGAGUUCUCACAUAAUGUCUAUAUUCUACACAUAAACUUCUACAUUGAUUGGUGAAAUAGUAAACACUCUUAGUUUUUGUAAGCUUUUAAUUGCUUUGUUCUUCUCUAAAAUAGUAUUAGGUUUUUAUUUAUGUGUGUAUUGUGUAUACUAACAGUUUUAUUCUUUUAUGUUUUUAUAUUUGUAUUUAAUAUUUUAAGUUUUAUUUUAUUUUUAUUAAUUUAUAUUUUAUUUUUAUUACCUAAUUUAUAUCUUAGGUUUAUUUAUAAUUAUUUUAAUAUACAAUUUAAUAC